UGUGUUUUGGUUCUUUGACAGGUGAAGAAAUUUAAAUACAAAAUACAACUUUUCCUUUAAUUUAAUAAAAAAAUGGAACUUUUUCGCACAAAUGAGUUUUAUAUUUUUGUCAAAGACGAAUAUUCCCUAUGGUGGGAUCGAAACACUGGCGCAUUUAUACCUAAAACAGGAUGGGAUUUACCUGAUGCAGAAGACCCAAUUUGUCUAGGAAUAUGCGAGGGAAUCAUUGGAAAAGUCGAAUAUGUCCCCCUUUUCGAUCCAAAGCUUCUUUUAAUCAAGGAAAGUUCCCUCGUUGGUAAACUACAUGGCAAUAAUGAAGUUUACAAAAUAAAGUCAGUCGUUUUUUUACCGUUGAACACUGAAAAUGUCGCUCUUAACUUAAGAACCUGUACAAAACACAAAACAAUCAGUUUAAAGAAACCAAACACUUCAAAUCCAUUGCUAGAGUUACAGAAAAAUACUUUGAGUAAAACAUGGGGUACAUUAAAAAGUGCAGGCAGUACUAUAAAAAAUACCACUCAACAAGCAGCUGCAAUAGCUACAGGGAUGCCUAAGCGUGACAUUAAAGACAAAGACAAGUUUGAAAAGCAAAUAAUAGAAGAGUUUUACAAGGUUUUCACGGAUACAGAUUCGUUUUACUAUUCACAUACAACAGACUUAACAAAUUCCUUACAAAGACUAUGUUAUUUGGAGAAAAAUAACUUAAUUGAUAGUAAAUACCUUUGGAAAACAGUGGAUGAUAAGUUUUUUUGGAACAAACACAUGCUAUCAUGCCUAAUAAAUAGUGAAAAUAGUCUUUGUGAUCCAUGGAUCCUGCCUAUAAUACAAGGCUUCAUUCAAAUUAGAGACUGUAGAGUUGAUGUGGGGCAUUUUUCCAACGAAGAUGACAAGGAAAAGUUGUACGAAAUUUUUACUCUGUGUAUUUUGUCGAGAAGGAGUAGGUUUAGAGCUGGUACAAGAUACAAGCGGCGUGGAGUUGAUGAUGAUGGCGAAGUUGCAAACUAUGUUGAAACAGAACAGAUUAUAGCAUACCAGAGUCACGAAGUGUCAUUUUUGCAAGUACGCGGUUCAGUGCCAGUUUUUUGGUCGCAGCCUGGUUAUAAAUAUAGGCCUCCACCAAGAUUGGAUAAAGGCGAAACUGAAACUUGUGUGGCUUUUGAAAAACAUUUCACCAAGGAGAUAAAAAAGUAUGGUCCAGUUUGUGCAGUAAAUUUAGUUGAUCAAACUGGCAAAGAAAAAGUUAUUUUCGAUGCAUAUUCACAUCAUAUGUUGCUCCUGGACAGUCCUUUUCUAACAUAUGUUACAUUUGAUUUCCACGAGUACUGUAGAGGAAUGCAUUUUGAAAAUGUAUCAAUUUUGACAAGCGCAGUGGAAGAUAUCCUGAAAGAAAUGAACUAUUGCUGGAGGGAUAAGCAGGGGCAUAUAUGUUCUCAAAACGGAGUGUUCAGAGUCAAUUGUAUUGAUUGUUUGGACAGAACAAAUGUUGUCCAGACUGCUUUAGGAAAAGCUGUGAUGGAAAUGCAGUUCUGCAAGCUGGGAUUGGUCUCACCUGAGGGGGAAAUACCCAACAACAUUAAACAGACUUUUCAGUUGUUGUGGGCUAAUAAUGGAGAUACUAUAAGCAAGCAGUAUGCAGGAACCAAUGCACUGAAGGGAGAUUACACCAGGACUGGCGAACGAAAAUUCACAGGCAUCAUGAAGGAUGGCAUGAACUCAGCUAACAGAUAUUUUACGAAUCAUUUUAAGGACUCGGUUAGGCAGUGCGCCCUGGACAUAGCCCAGGGCGCUGAGCUCCGGGACUACGAAGUCCAAGACUUCUGGACGUUUCUCAGAAUCGUCAGCUGCAUAGCGGCCGAACAUUUACCAGAAGAAACGCCACGUUUAGCGCCUCACUUGGCGCUGCAGCAAGAAUUCGAACUGGCACACCUUAUCUAUCAAAUGUCUAGGUACUACCUGAGCAGAUUCAAGGAUUCAGCCAGACAAGGCACUAUAGACAUUAUGUUAGGCAAUUACGUUUCUGAAGAUAUAUUCAUUGAUAACAAGUCAAACUACGAAGAGGACAAUAUUGCAACAGCGGAACAUGUAAAAAUAUUGAUAGAAGAUUGUAAAAAGAUGCUGAUCAAUCAGCCUGAGCUGGUUGUAGGCGCAUGGGGCCUAAUCAAUGCAGAUCCUGUCACUGGGGAUCCCAGCGAGACUGAGAUGGACUCCAUUUUGAUUUUGACCAGGGAUUCGUACUUUGUUGCAGACUAUGAUGACCAGGUGGACAAGGUUACAAAGUUCCAAAACGUCGAAUUAAGUGAUGUGGACCUUUUGGAGUUUGGUAUGCCCCAAUCUUCGGGAAAUUUGUUCAAAUUGAACAAGAACAAGCAUUGUAUAAGGAUCAACUACAAAGUUAAUGGUGUUCCUGGGUACUAUCACAUGUUUAGAUCGACUCAUUUGAGAUUUUUCAAUAAUAUGGCAGUUGUAAUAAAGAACGUAGAAGAAGAAAUUGAAUCUUUGAAGACGAUUUGUGAGGCGUUUUCUGUGGCUAUAGAGAUAGCCGGUCUUCCUACAGUUCCUUUCAACACUGGUCAAGCUCUGGACAAGCGAAAAUCCAAAAUUAUUGACGACGGGACUUCUAGAAGUAGCAAUAUUUACCUGGACCUGAUGAACUUGCCCCAGAUUACCAGAAACGUCUCGGAAACACAACUGUCAGCAAUAAAAAGCGUUGGUUCUAAGGCCAUUUCAAAUAUGACUCAGCAAUUUUCUAAGCUCAACAAAAUUAGUUUCAAGUCCAAACUGAACCCGAAACCGCGUUUUACCAUUGGUCAGCGUACCAGACGGGACAGUACCAGCGAUUCAGACGAAGAUUAUGAGAAUUCAAUAUUCCAACCACAAACUGGAUCUGCCUCUGGGUCUAGUACUGAACCCAGCGUUGAGCAAGGCCUAGAAUGUACCGAGGGUGCUCUGAUAAAUGAAGACGUGUUUUUGCCCAGCGUUGGUAUAGUAAUGGGACAAACUAAUCCCAAUGACAUUGCUGGAGGCGAUGCAGUCCUACAGGAGAAAAAAAAUCGUGUUCAGUCUGUUGCUGCUCCAGAAAUUCAGGUAACGGCAGACUCUAUCCAGCUCACUCCAGACCAAAAACUAGCCCCUCCAAAAUCACUAAAGCUCCACGAAAAACACAGUAGAUCAUCGGGGGAAAUAGAUGAUCCAGCUCACAUCGUAGAGCACAAAUCCGCCUCAUCGGCCACCAUGGACAGAUCCACGUCGGACUACGAUAUCCAGAAGAACAUUUCGCAAAGCCAGAGCGACUCUGGCUUGAAAAAUCGCCUCGCUAGUCCAGUGUCUGGAGCCAGGGAAUUAUUUUCGCCGCUGGGUAAGCUGGCCAGAGGCGUGCAGACUUUUGGAGCUAACUUGGACCCUAGGAAACUGAGUGCGCAGUCCAGGCAAGUGACGCUACUGAGAGAUAUGGAGGAACACAGGAAAUUGGUGGAGAAAUGGAAAGGAAAAAAAUGUAAAUUGAUCGCUUUGUAAGGGAAAAUUUAGGGUAAAGUACUGUAACUCUCCAAUGAGUACAACCAGUAAUAACACGGCUGUCGGUGUUGCCAAAUAUCACGUUUAUCCCUUGAAACUAGAGAGAGAGAAACACAAAGGAACACAAACAGAAAUAUUUUAACAUUGGUUUUAUAAUAUUUUUGUGUUAAUAAUCAACAUAACCUACACUACACAAGACAGCUUAAAAUAACAUAGCAAAUGACACGCUAGACUAACUUGGCAACCCACACUUGGAUUCCACAGAAUACGUACUGGGUGUUCAAAUUUACUUUAUAUUUUAACAGCCUAUACUUUUUUGUGCUAGAACACUCAUUAAAAGAACAAAUUGUACUGUUUUAAUCAACUUUUCAUAUGUAUGAUCAUAAAUGGGGUAUGCAUGCUGUCAAAAAAUGUCACAGUUAUAGUAUAAACUAUAUAAAUUUUAUAUGGGACACCCUAUAUAUUAGAAGUGUGUUAGAUACCACAUUUUUGUAGAUUUCAAAGAUUUAUUACUUUUCUGUUAACAGUUUUAUCGAAGUUUGAUAACAAUAUACACAAAGAAUAAAAUAUUUAAUGGUAAAAUUGUCAAUUAUUUCGGCGAUUUUUCUUGAGUAAGGUAGUUCAAAAUGUCAAGUGUAGGACAAACAUGUCAAAAAUACGUGUUUAGCACUGCUUUUUGCUUUAGAAUGGCGUCAAAUAGUUGAUUUUUAUGUUGGUUACUAUGUGCCUACCAAGGAGGGUGUCUAGAUAUGUUGAUGCUCUAAGGCUUCAAAACUAUUUUAAUGUAUUUUUUGAUUUUUAGUUGUAUUUUAGUAACAGUAGCCCCAGAAUUACACAAAAUAUUAUUUUUGCUCAAUUUUUUUUAUGUUUUAAUUAAUAUUAAAA